CGCUGUGGUGUGCAGGAGAGUGUGUGUAUGCAAGUGGAUAUAAUAUCACAUACCUGUCCCUGUCACUCUGGUUCUCAUUGCCGCUCUCGGAAUUAAACAGAUAUGUAUUUGUCCUCAGCCGAAUCUAAAACAAAACUCGAACUUUCUUCAGCGCCGUGUCUAUUUUAAAACCAAGUCGUUUAAGGACUGUCGUUUUAAGUGAUUUCACUGAGAAAGGAGCACAGUUCCAGUGAUCCCGACAACGCUUGCCGACACUUCACUACACUGGACACAUUUCUUUAUUUUUUUCCCACCCGUCAUAAUUUCUGUUUCUAAUUUUGUGACCUUCGCUGAGGAAGCCAUAGCAGUUUGCGAACCCUACAUAAUUCGCUUUCGUUAUCCAUGACCUCUAUGAAGGAUCCGUUGAGUUUGGACCACCAUCACCACAUUACCAGGAAUAAACACACGCCGCUCGCGACGGGCUCUAUGCAACCGCUUCAGCGCUCUGUGGACUCUAAACACAGGCUGGAGGUACACACCGUCUCAGACACCUCCAGUCCAGAGUCAGUAGAGAAAGAGAAAGAACAGAGUAAAAACGAAGAUUCGUCUGAUGACCCGUCAAAAAAGAAGAGGCAGAGGCGGCAACGGACGCAUUUUACUAGCCAACAGCUCCAAGAACUGGAGGCCACUUUUCAGCGCAACCGCUACCCGGACAUGUCCACUAGAGAGGAGAUCGCCGUUUGGACAAAUUUAACGGAGGCCAGAGUCAGGGUGUGGUUCAAAAACCGACGGGCAAAAUGGAGAAAAAGGGAGAGGAAUCAACAGGCCGAGCUGUGUAAAAAUGGUUUUGGCCCGCAAUUUAAUGGACUUAUGCAGCCCUACGAUGACAUGUAUCCCAGCUAUACGUACAAUAACUGGGCAGCAAAGGGGCUCACGUCGGCCUCUCUGUCUACCAAAAGCUUCCCCUUUUUCAAUUCAAUGAACGUCAAUCCGCUGUCCUCUCAGACCAUGUUUUCUCCACCUAACUCCAUCUCUUCAAUGAGCAUGUCCUCCAGUAUGGUUCCGUCUGCUGUCACCGGAUCAAGCUUAAACAGCCUCAAUAACUUGAACAACCUCAGCAACCCCUCGCUAAAUUCUGGAGUUCCCACGCCGGCGUGUCCUUACGCCCCACCGACACCUCCGUAUGUUUACCGGGACACUUGUAACUCCAGUCUUGCCAGUCUGAGACUGAAAGCCAAGCAGCACUCGAGUUUUGGAUACGCGAGUGUGCAGAACCCGGCCUCCAAUCUCAGCGCGUGUCAGUACGCAGUGGAUAGACCGGUGUAAGAGACGAUUGUAGAAUUUACAAUCCCGAAUCCCAGGAACGAGAGACUACACUUUUUGUUUAAAGGGCACUAGAAAAAUAAACCACUGAAAAACGCAUCAAAUCAUGUGAUGGAAUGUCAAGCGGAAACGGAAGCAAUUAUGCCAGUUCUUAUGAGAAUUAUAAGAAUUGUGCUGUAGCCUAUACACCAGAAUAUUUAACAACAAAAAAAGCUCAUUUAUGUUGACGUUUCAAUUUUUGGACAUUUGUUGACUUAACAGUUAUACAUCUCUCUCUCUCUCUCUCUCUCUCUCUCUCUCUCUCUCUCUCUCUCUCUCUCUCUC